AGGAAGUUACAUUGUAUUCAUUAACAAAUUCAAUAAUAACAAUAAAUAAUGGCAGCCUACGAGUCCGUGGAAUUUCUCGAACAGAGAAUUUCCAAGCUUGAAUCACUGGUGUUUGGGAACUCAGAAAAAGAUGCUGAUUAUCCAAAAGAUAAAAAGGUGAAAUUACAGUGCAUAGAAAGCCUAUUGGAAGUCCAAAGCAAACUGGGAACAGCUUUGUCUGGCAAAAAGAGAGCUGCUGCAUUGUAUGAAAAAUUACCAGAGCUUAAGAAGUACCUUGAUCAUGCCUACACUGAUGAAAUGAUGCUUUCUACUGAUUCUCGUGCAGAAAUUGUUCUAGCAGAGGCUGAUUUUUUAGAAAAACAAGCUGUACUGUGGGAAAAAUUAUCUCUCAGUCAGGAGCACAUAAAUAGCGAACAUAUUCAAGCUGUUCCAAAGUUAGCGGAUAAGUUACAAGCUUUAAGUCAAAUACAGAUUGAACAACAGGAUGAAGUAGCCAAUCUCACAGAAGAAACCCGUAGUUUGCUAAACACCUACAAUAAUAUUGUUACUCUGCUUUCCAAGCAGUUUUUCUUGUGGGACCAAACGUUGACAGAACUUGAAAUUCAGUCUCAGAAAAAACAUUAAUUAAAUGUGGUCAAUUAGCUCUUUAUUAACUGUUAUUUUUUUCUAGAAAAAAAAACAAUAAAAAUGUGGUCAGUUAGCUCUUUAUUAACUGUUAGUUUUUUCCUAUUUACAACUUAAGAAAGAGUAGCUUCAAUUAUUAAAAAAAAACACCUUUGAUAAUGUGAUAUAGAUACAUGGCUUUCUGCUUUAUGUGAUUGCAGGCUUUUAAACUUUUAUUUAAUUUCACAUUGCUUAGUUUAAUUUUCUCUUAGUCCUUUGUAUUUUAAAUUACUGUUUAAUUUUGUAUGUGCAAUAUUUGUAUUGUUAUAAACUGCUAUGGGUAUGGGGUUGUAC